GGUAGAACUAGAAUACGUCACAGUGUAUCUCUGCACAGAAUGGAGACAGCUUCGCACUGUAACCAAUCCAACUGUGGGAUCAACAUCAGGCAUUAAGGUACACCAAAAACAGCCUGCUAGGAGGUGGGAUUUUGUAGAAAGUAGCCAACGUCAAAGAAAGGAACGUUGGGAAAGAAACCAAACAAGACAAGAUGCAGAGACGAAUGUUAACAAAAGAAGAUGAGGUUUCCGCUGGGGAUGAGGUUGAAGUCCGCCGUGAGGACCAAGACAAGAUCAACCGAUUCAGCCGUCUGCAUCAACGAGAACUUGUACUCCAAGAAGAGCUCAAAUCUAAGAACAAAGAAAAAGAGGAGCUCGACGACAUCACCAUGGAGCUGGAGCUGGCCGACGAAGACGAUUCGGUUCCCUACAAGGUCGGCGACGCCUUCUUCCACGUUCCCCUGCCGCAGGCUCAGGAAAUGCUCGGGACCUCGACCGCUAAGGUAGAGGGCCAGAUCGAGGAUAUCGAGGACCGUCUGGGCUCGAUCCGGGAGGAAAUGACACAGCUCAAGGUGGAGCUGUAUGCACGCUUCGGAAAGAGCAUCCAGCUGGAGACAUGAAGCUGAUGUGAUACUUGACAGUCGCUCUGUUGGGGCUGUGCUAGAAAGUAGUAGCUAGGCUAUCACAUAUCUUCAACUUGCACCGAAGAGCUUGUCUCUCAAUCUUUACAAGCAUCUGCGCCAG